AGGAGAGGGAAUGGGGGAGGGCCUCCUCCCCCCUCCCCCCUCGGCCGCACCCCUUCAGGGAGACUCCCUGGUCCUUUGGAGGCGGAGGUGGGGGGCUCAGGUAUGAGAGGGCACUGGGUCUCUGCUCCUAGGACUGGGGCAGGGGCGAGGGGCUCCUGGGGGCCUGAGCGCGGCGUCCUGGCAGUGCCUUCCGGUCUGUGCGCGGGCUGUGAUCCUGACCCUUUUCUUUCCCCAGCAGGGCAGCUGGCCUGGAGCUAGAGCCGGGCGCGUGCCAUGGCCCCACACUGGGCUGGCUGGCUGCUGGCUGUGGGGCUGUGGGGCCUGGGCUUUGGGGCUGAGAUGUGGUGGAACCUGGUGCCCCGCAAGACGGUCUCUUCCGGGGAGCUUGCCCCAGUGGUGCGGCGGUUCUCCCAAACGGGCAUCCAGGACUUUCUGACGCUGACCCUGACCGAGCAGACCGGGCUCCUGUACGUUGGGGCCCGGGAGACCCUGUUUGCCUUCAGCAUGGAGGCUCUGGAGCUGCAAGGAGUGAUCUCGUGGGCAGCUCCUGUGGAGAAGAAGACCGAGUGUGUCCAGAAAGGGAAGAACAACCAGACGGAGUGUUUCAACUUCAUCCGCUUCCUGCAGCCGUACAACGCAUCCCACCUGUAUGUGUGUGGCACCUACGCCUUCCAGCCCAAGUGUGCCUACAUCGACAUGGUCACCUUCACCUUGGAGCGUGGAGCCUUUGAGGAUGGGAAGGGGAAGUGUCCCUACGACCCGGCUAAGGGCCACACUGGCCUCCUUGUGGAUGGCGAGCUGUACUCGGCCACACUCAACAACUUCCUGGGCACAGAGCCCAUCAUCCUGCGUAACAUGGGGCCCCACCAUCCCAUGAAGACAGAGUACCUGGCCUUCUGGCUCAACGAACCUCAUUUUGUCGGCUCUGCCUACGUCCCGGAGAGCGUGGGGAGCCUGACUGGGGACGAUGACAAGGUCUACUUCUUCUUCAGCGAGCGGGCCUUGGAGUACAACUGCUACAUGGAGCAGGUGGUGGCCCGUGUGGCCCGAGUCUGCAAGGGAGACGUGGGGGGCGCACGGACCCUGCAGAAGAAGUGGACCACCUUCCUGAAGGCACACCUGGUGUGCUCGGCCCCCAAUCGCCACCUCUACCUCAGCCACCUGCAGGCACUGCACACCCUGCAGGGCACGUCCUGGCACAACACCACCUUCUUUGCGGUUUUUCGGGCACGAUGGGGUGAUGUGGACCUGUCAGCAGUCUGUGAGUACCAGUUGGAAGAGAUUCAGAGGGUGUUCGAGGGUCCCUACAAGGAGUACCACGAGCAAUCCCAGAAGUGGGGCCGCUACACCGACCCAGUACCCAGCCCACGGCCGGGCUCGUGCAUCAACAACUGGCACCGUCACCACGGCUACACCAGUUCUCUGGAGCUGCCCGACAACACCCUCAACUUCAUCAAGAAACACCCCCUAUUGGAGGAGCAGGUGAGGCCCCUCUGGGGCCGGCCCCUGCUCGUAAAGAAGGACACCAACUUCACCCACCUGGUGGCUGACCGCGUCACGGGGCUUGAUGGAGCCUCCUAUACAGUGCUGUUCAUUGCCACAGGAGACGGCUGGCUGCUUAAGGCUGUGAGCCUGGGGCCCUGGGUCCACCUGAUCGAGGAGCUGCAGGUGUUUGACCAGGAGCCUGUGAAAAGCCUGGUCCUGUCCCGGAGCAAGAAGCUGCUGUUUGCAGGUUCCCGCUCACAGCUGGUUCAGCUACCCCUGGCCGACUGCGUGAAGUACCGCUCCUGUGCCGACUGCAUCCUCGCUCGGGACCCCUACUGCGCCUGGAGCGUCAACGCCAGCCGCUGUGUGGCCGUGGGCAGCCGCUCCGGAUCCCUGCUGAUCCAGCAAGUGACGAUCUCCGACACCUCGGGCAUCUGCAACUUCCGUGGCAGUAAGAAAGUCAGGCUCACGCCCAAGAACAUCACGGUGGUGGCAGGCACAGACCUGGUGCUGCCCUGCCGCCUGUCUUCCAACCUGGCCCAUGCCCGAUGGACCUUUGGGGGCCGGGACCUACCUGUGGAGCAGCCUGGCUCCUUCCUCUAUGAUGCUCGGCUCCAGGCCCUGGUCGUGAUGGCCGCCCAGCCCCGCCACGCCGGGGCCUACCACUGCUUUUCGGAGGAGCAGGGGGCACGGCUGGCUGCCGAAGGCUACCUGGUUGCUGUGGUGGCCGGCUCCUCACUGACCCUGGAGGCCCGGGCCCCCCUGGAAAACCUGGGGCUGGUGUGGCUGGCUGUGGUGGCCCUGGGGGCCGUGUGCCUGGUGCUGCUGCUGCUCGUCUUGUCACUGCGCCGCCGGUUGCGUGAGGAGCUGGAGAAAGGUGCCAAGGCGGCAGAGAGGACCCUGGUGUACCCUCUGGAGCUUCCCAAGGAGCCCACCAGCCCCCCCUUCCGCCCUGGCCCCGAGACUGAUGAGAAGCUCUGGGACCCCGUUGGCUACUACUAUUCAGAUGGCUCCCUCAAGAUUGUGCCUGGACACGCCCGGUGCCAGCCGGGGACUGGGCCCCCUUCCCCGCCUCCUGGCAUCCCUGGCCAGCCCCUGCCAUCCCCAACCCGGCUUCACCUGGGGGGUGGGCGGAACUCAAAUGCCAACGGUUAUGUGCGCUUACAGCUAGGUGGGGAGGACCACAGCGAGGGGCUUGGGCACCCCUUGCCCGAGCUGGCGGACGAGAUGAGGCGCAAACUGCACCAGCGCCAGCCCCUCCCGGACUCCAAUCCCGAGGAGUCCUCGGUAUGAGGGACCCCCACGUCGGUGGGGCAGCCUGGGGGCCGUGGCUCCUACUUUUGCACAGGCACCAGCUACCUCAGGGACAUGGCGUGGGCACCUGCUCUACUGGGACGGAUCCUGCCCAGCACCUGCUCGCCCAUGAGGACCUGCUCUGCUCAGCACGGGCACUGCCACUUGGUGUGGCUCACCAAGGCACCAGCCGCCACACGGCGUCUUCCUCCUCUCUGUGAGGGGCUGUGAAUCACAGACACGGGACCCCAGCAGCCAAACCUUCAGGACAGAAGUUGGAGAUAUGGGUGUGUUUGUGUAUGUGUGUGUGUGCACGUGGGUGUGUUUGUGUGACCAUCUUCUGUUUCUGUGGAGUCUUCCCUUGGCCUGGGGUCCUCCUGGUGAGUCAUUGGAGCUAUGAAGGGGAAGGGGUCGAUCACUUUGCUUCUCUUACCCCCACUGUCCCCAGGAGGGGCAGGGAUGUACAUAUGGGGGUGGGCUGGGCAGGGUGCUGUGCCCCUGGGGGAGUGCAGGGCUCUGGGGUGGGCCUCGUCCUGCUUCCAGGGUGGUGAAUGUUUUCAGGGUUCAGGGGAGGGAGUGGAACCUCCUGUGUGUUUGGGGGAAGGGAGGGAGGGCCUCCCAGUGGCCCUGGGGUUCCUGGUAUUUUAUACUUGUCCCCCUGGCAGGGCUGGGAGAGGUGUGGGGGCGGGGGCGAGGGUGGGCAUGCUGUGGCUAUGGCAUAUCCUCUCCCAGACCUGGAGGAGGGCUCCUAACAGUGUAACUUAUUGUGUCCCCGCGUAUUUAUUUGUUGUAAAUAUUUGAGUAUUUUUAUAUUGACAAAUAAAAUGGAGAAAAUGAA